UAUUUUUCUCAUUUUGUGAUUUAAUUUUAAAUAUACAACAAAAAUAUUACAAAAUUCAAUCAGUCUGUGGAACACAACUAAACUAAUUGGUUGUUUUUAAAAAUAAUUUCAUUCCAAUAGAAAAAUAGAAAAAAUUGAAAAAAGAAAACAAAAAUAAUUAAUAAUUCACCGUUAAGUGCUGAUAAUUCUAAAAUCAUAUAUUCUAAGAUUAUAAUAAUUAAAUACAAUUAUUAUUAAUUAAAAUAAAAAAUAAUUAAUUAAUUACAAUUAAAAAAUAUUUAUAAUUAAUUUAUAAUUUCUAUGAAAUUAUAAAAUUAGAAAAAUAAAAGUGAUAUAAAAAAAUACAAACCAAAUUAAAAAUUAAGAGAAGAAAAUAAAAUGCCAGAACCUACGCCAACACUAGAACAAAUUGAAACACUAAGAGAUUUAUUUUUUAAAAAAUUGGAAAAGGAACCACCAUCAUGUGAUGGAAGUUUUCAUCCAGAUGAUAUUGAACGUGCUAAAUCAUCAAAUAAAUGGCUACAAUUAUUUCUUGAACAAACUGAUUUAGAUAUGAAACAAGCAUUAAAUAUGUUAUGGGAAACUUGUAUAUGGAGGAAAACAUUUGGUACAAAUGAUAUUAAUGAAAAUAAUAUACGUUUAGAUUAUAUGGAUGUUGGUGCUAUGUUUGCUAAAAAACAAGAUAUUGAUGGAAAAUAUUUAAUAAUUGUUAGAUCAAAAUUACAUCAAAAAGGUACCAAAGAUAUGAAUGAAUUAAUAAGAAUUUUAGUUUAUUGGAUUGAAAGAAUACAUCGUGAAACUGAUUAUGAUCAAUUAACAUUAUUUUUUGAUAUGUCAUCAGCUGGUUUAUCAAAUAUGGAUAUGGAUUUUACAAAACGUACAAUUGAUACAUUUAAAUAUUAUUAUCCAAAUUCAUUAAAUUAUAUUAUUAUAUUUGAAAUGCCAUGGAUUUUAAAUGCUGCAUUUAAAAUUAUCAAAGGACUUUUACCACCAAAGGCUGUUGCAAAAAUGAAAUUUUUAAAUACAAAAAAUAUAAAAGAAUAUAUACCGGAUUCACAUUGUUUAAAAAUAUGGGGCGGUAAUGUAGAUUAUGAAUUUAAAUUAAUACCGGAAGUAAGAAAUUCAAAUAAAAUUAGUUCAACGACAACAAUACAGCAACAAUCACAAGCACCAAAAUUAAAUGGUAAUCCAUUUCCAUCACCAGCAUCAUCAAUUUCAUCGACAGAAGGAGUUGGUCAUACAAAAAAGCCAUCAUUUAUUGGUGCGGCGAUUACACCUGCCACAUUUCAAUAUACGACACAAAAUAGAAUUAUGAAUCCAAUUGUGCCGGUAGUAACAUGUCAACAGUCUACACUAACUAGAAAAAUAAGACGAAAAACAGAUUCUAAGCCACAAUCCCAAAUAAAUAAAUGUAAUAAUGAAAAAAGAAGAAGAGAAUUAGAAAAUAAUUAUAUAGAACAACUUGGUGAAUUUCUUCAGCUAAAUAAAAGAGGUGAUAUGACAACAUCAAAACCGGAUAAAGCUGCAAUUUUAAAUCAAGUUGUUAAAACUUAUCGUGAUAUUUGUGACAAAAGAAACACUCGUGAUAAUCUAACAAAUACUACAUGUAGUAACACAGAUAAUAGUACAUUUCAUCCAGUUCAACAAGAAAAAAUUUCCUCAACAGAAUCAUUACAUUCAGAUCAACAGAAAUUUGUAAAUCCAGAAAUUUCAGCAUAUUUUGAAACAUUAGAACAUUAUGUUACUUCAGUUGGAUGGAUAUUAUUACAAAUAAAUCCAGAAGGAAUUAUUGAAUCAUGUACACAUAAUAUUAAAGAAUUAAUUGGUUAUCAUAAAACAGAUUUAAUUAGACAACCAAUAUAUUCAUACUUACAUCCGGGUGAUCACGCAAAAUUAAGUCCAAUACUAAAUAAUAUGUUAUUUAAUUUAAGUGGAUGGGAUCAAGAUGAAAGUCAACAAAGUAAUAUAGCGACACAGCAAAAGUCAAAAAGAAGUAUAACAACAAAAGUUAGAAUGUUAGUUAAACAUAAUGAAGAAAGUAGCGAAACAAUAGAAGAAAAACAACAAAGACAAGAAAAUUAUGAAGAAGUUGUUUUUAUAGCAGCACCAAUAAAAGAUGAUGGUGAUGAUAGUUCGUCAGUUUUAUGUUUAAUAACACGACCAGAGGAUGAUUCACCAUUAGAAACAAAUAUGCAACAACAUAUUCAACAAAGACAAUUAGAGCAAAUGACAUUAAAACUAGACAUACAUGGCAAAAUAAUGGAAAUUGAUACAUCAGCUUUACGACCAAAUUUUUCAUCAUUCUUUUCAAAAGAACGUGGAACAUCGUUAUUAGAUUUAUGUCAUAUAGAAGAUUUACCUCAAGUUCAAACACAUUUGAACAAAUUAACACAAUCUUCUACAUUAGUAAAUCAAUUACAAAAUCAUAAUGCCUCAUUUAGGCUACGGCUUGGCUCGCCAGAUGUUUAUGUACAUGUAAAAGCUAGCUCAAGACUUUUUGUUAAUUGUACACCUGGUGAAAGUGAUUAUAUAAUGUCAGUACAAACAGUUGUGAACAAUGAUAAUGAUAUGCAGAAUAAAUCAUCUGCAGUAUCAAUAACUAGCUCAGAAUCUAUGCAACAAAGUACAUCGUUUGGAGGAAUUGGCGGGUUAGAUGUUAGUAAUUUUAGCACUAGUAGUAAUAAUAAUAUUAAUAAUAAUAAUUGUAACACAAAUAUAAUGAAUGUAGUUAGUGGUGGAAUUUCUAGCUUUCCAAGUACAAGCCAAUAUUUAACAUCGAUAGCAAGCGUAGGUGGACCUUUAAUGACCUCAGUUAUAAAUAGUGAAAAAAGUUUACCGCAAGUACAAACAUCAUCUGGUACAAGUAAUAUGGUUUCAUCUUUUUCAAGUCCACCGUCUGCAACAGAAGGAACCAAUUUUUUUCCGGCCGAAUCAUUUGAAUUUGAUUAUAUGCAUUCCCCUUUUCAGUUGGAUGUACCCACACUUGAUUACCGACCAGCUUCUCGAACAAGUGUAAAUACACCAGUUAGUACGCCAAGACCACCAUCAGGACCUACAUUUAGUCCAGUUGGCAAUGAAUGCCCCUCACCAUUAACACCGCAUCAUAUUUCCAAAAUGGUUUCGCAACCAAGCCCACAACAUAAUGCAAAUAAUAAUUUGCAUAGUAAUAAUUUGAAUAGUGUGUUUCCAAAUUUUCCAUUUCAAAACUUUGAUGACAAGGACUCAAAGGAGCAUCUAAGUAAUAAUAUUAUUAACAAAAAUAACGAAAAUAAUAAUAAUGAUAAUAAUAAUAACAAUAACAAUAUUAGUAAAAGUAAUAAUGACGAUACUAAUCUUGUCGAUAUUAAUUCGAAAAGCAACGAUUCAGAACGACUAAGAAAUUUAUUAACUAAAAGAACACACUCAUCGGCAUUACACGACGAGCAAGAUCAUAAAAAUCGCAUACUCAAAGGUCUUUUGAAUGCAGAAGAAGAAAAAGAUAGCAUACCGUAUAACAAAUCAAAUGUCCCUUUGAAUUCACCAAAAACAUUUGGUGGACCAAGAGGAAGAUCUUCGGAAACAAACAAAAAUCAAAUGCUACUGCAACUGUUAAAUGAUAAAAGCGAAGAUGAUAACCCAAAUAGAUCUAGACAAAGUGAACUUUUGAAACAAUUACAAAAAGACGAUACACCGAAAGAUCACACAUCUAAUAAUAAUCCACAUCAUAUGGCGGAAGAAGACUUAAAAAGUCUUUUAAGAAUUCAAGAUGUACCAAGAAAAAGACCAUUGAAUGAACCUGAUGAUGGAAGAACAUCCAAAAGGCCCGAUGAUAAAAAGCAACCAUCAUCUUUAUUGCGAGAAAAAAAUAAAAUGCUUGCUUCUUUGUUAUCUAAUCCCGCAAAGGCUCCAACAGUUUCAACAAUAACACCUGUUGUAAAAAUUAUACCAGAUAUUACGUCUUCGUCUGUGAAUAGGGAUACUAAUACACUUGGAAUUGGAACUCCAGGAAAUAUAGCACAUCAACAACAAAGCAAUUUUAAUAGUAAAUCACAAAAUAUUUCGCUGAACCAAAAUAAUUCUCAAGAAAAUCAACAUUUAGAUCAAAAUAAAAAUCAAAUGCAAAUAUUGUCAAAACAAAACCUAGGACAACAACAAGAAAAAUUUGGUCUGCAAACAAGUAAUGCGGCAAGUGAUUUGCAAAAACAACAAAUAUUUCCUAUAUCUACCUCGACGACAUCACUUCCGAUAGUAUCUCCAUCGUCAUCAACAACUGGAUCGGUUUCACAACAAAUGACACCAUCUUCAAACAUAACUUCAAGCACGCCUACAUCAAAUACUGAAGUUGACCCAGAAUUAUCAGAAAUAUUAAAUGAUGUAAUUGAUAUCGUACCUGAGCCAUUUAUGGAACAGUCUUCUGUGAGUACAACACCAACGCCUUCAAAUCAAGAUAUUAAUGAAAAAAUGGCUAUAAAUAUAAUUCAAAGAUCACUUAUGCAAAUGGACCAGCAGUUUAAUAAUCCACCAGCCUAUUCACAAUUACAACAAAUAAACCAACAAAAUAACCAACAGAGGUUUCAACAGCCGCCUCCUAUGUAUCAGUCGAGAUCUGUACGUAUGUCGGCUCCAAGUAGUACACCUUCUUUAAUGCAACAAAGAUAUGAAAACAGUAGAAUAGCUCAAUUACAUGAAAAAGAAAGACUAUUGCAACAACAAAUGAAACAACAUGUUGUUAUGUCUGAAAAUGCGUCUGUACGUUCAGAAUUAGCUUUAAACCCUAAUAUAUCUUUAUUAAAUGCAGUUGCUCCUAAUGUAUCUCUUACAAGAGGUAUACCAAAUCCAGACACUCAUCCUAGUACUAAUUAUACACAAGGUUUAAUGAAUCAACAGUUAAGCCCUGGUCAACGAAAUAUGCAGUUUAAUAUGCCAAAUCCUGCAGCAUACCAGCCUCAAUAUACUCCCAAUCAAACUCAAAGAUUAUCACCCCAACAGCACCCUCAAAAAGUUCAACAAGUUUUACACCAACAACAGCAACAACAAGCAUUUCAAUCAGGAAAUACACAAUUAUCUCCUAGAUUACCUGCUUAUAGUACACAGCCUAAUAUGCAAAAUAAUUCUUUACUGUCACCAAUACAAGCGUCGGCAUUACAGGGAAAUCAAAGAUGGACUGCGGGGUAUAAUCCAAGGCAAUUUUUAAACCAAAGAAGAAAUUCAACAAUUGACAAUGUCGCGAGACAAAAUUCAUUGCCAUCGCAAGACACUUCAAAUUUCCCUGGACCUUCAUCUCCUAAUACUACAAAUUUCAGCCCAUCUGGUAGUGUAUUUAAUGCACAAUUACAAAGAAUACAAAGACAAACUAGUGCACCACAACCAAAUCAACAUUUAGGCCCAGCUUCACGUUCAACAUUUGGUGGCGGGCCAGAUAAUACAGGUGGUGCUUAUACAUAUGGCGGUUAUACGGGUGGUGGACAGCAACAAACGGUACAACCAAAUUCUGAAUAUGUUCGACAAGAACUGCGGGCAGUUGUAAGUAUACGAACUCAGCAGCAAGCAGGAAAUAUUAACAUACCAAUUGAUAAUGGUACAGUUAAAAGUAUACAAAAUUCACAAAGUCCAAUUGAUAUAGGUCAACAAAAUUCAAUGAUCUGCGCAAACAGUACAAAUCCAAUUUCUCCUAUUUCAACAAUGCAGCAGCAACAACAACAGCAACAGCAUCAGCAACUACCUCAACAACAAAUCCAAAGAUCUAAUACACCUCAUCAACAACCUUCUUUGAAUACACCAACAGAUACUACAUUGAAUUUUAACUUCGAUUUACCAGCAGCUGACUUUUUCGGAGGACCAUCAGCGCGGUGACCAUAGUAAAAGUAAAUUUGUUUUUUUUUUUUUUUUUUUUAAUUAUUUUGGAUAAGUCAAAUAUAAAAUAAGGCAAAAAAGUAUAUUUUAAUAUAUUUCAGAAUAUGUAAUAUAUAUUUUUAGAUUGUUUAUCAAAAAUAUAAUGAAGAGGUAUAACGCAUAGCUAAAGAUAUUUAAAUAAUAUCCAAAUGGAACGAACAGUUUUUAAAAGUAAGACUUUUAACGAAGUUAUUAAUUAAAAUAAAAAAAAAAACAAAAACAAAGAACUUAACAAUAUAAAAUAUAAAUUAAUGUUUCAGUUUACAUUAUUUCUUUUCAAACACAGGUUACAAUUGUGUAUGUAAAAUGUAAAUAAAACUGUUAUAAAUAUUAUAUAUAUAUUGUUUAAAAAUAAUUGAAAAAAAAAAUAAGAAAAUUUAAAAAUACAAAAAAAAAAAAAUGUUAUUAAAAUAAUUAUUAAAAUAUAAGAAGAGGAAAAUGAAGCUAAAUAUUAAUUUAUAAAAUUGAUAAAAUAAAAAAUUACAAAAUUCUACUUUUAGAAGAAAGUUUGUUCUACUUGGAUAAACUUAAAAAUAUUUAACUAUCUUUUCGCACAGUCAUUUUGUUAUUUAAUUUUUGAGCCGUAAUAUUAUUUG